AUGGUCAUUACCGAGACGGAAUCUGCGCGGAAUCGCGCGGCUGGUCGGGUGGUCAAGCGCCGGUCUCCGAAGGCAUGUGUCUCUUGUCAUAAUAGAAAGGUCCGCUGUGACGUCGUCAAUGGCGGAUGGCCGUGUACAAACUGUCGUCUAGAUGGUGUAGACUGCCUCCUCAAGGAAUCAAACAGAGGUAGGAAGCCCGGCUCGGUCAACCCAAAGAACACAGGGGCUGCGACUAGGCGGGCAUCGCGGCCUGUUGCUGCUACAGUUACGCCGACCGACAACCGAGCCGAGUGCGACGAAGAUGUAUUGGAUAGCUCUAUGAACGACCAAGCCCAUACUAUACCGCGGCUUUCCCAGCCUGCAUACAGAGAAGAACACCAUCUCUCUCCGCAGUCAGACACAUCGCGUCUCUCAGAACUCCAGGAGCAACCGCAUCAGUGCACGCAUUCGCCGAAUCAACCAUUCCCAUCCAGCCCCGGCCCAGACACGGAGCCGUCCAGUGCACCAAGAGACUUUCUCUUUGCAUUGGCGUUUGAAAAUGGCUCACAGCAACAGUCUCCCGGCCAGACAACCACCAACAGCAACAAACGAGCCCUACAUGGCUCACAAUCUUCAACUCAUUCAACAUCUCCAAAUGUCUUACCACAUACUACUUCGGAAAGAAACCAGUCUGAAGCCGGUCGCAUGUCAUCGCAUUGCUCAGUUGCGCAAAACAGUCCGCGUCAUCAUAUACUCCCCCCUUACAUCAAACCACUCCCUGCUCGCAUCAAAUCCCGAGAUAUCGAUUACUUAACUGAGGGUGGCUGUCUCAAUAUUCCAGAUGAUGAUCUUCGCGACGAACUGUUGCGUGUAUAUAUACGUUUCGUAUACCCAUUUAUGCCAGCCAUCGACAUUGAAGACUUCAUCACACCCAUUUUCAGCCCAGAUAGCCGGCGUCCCGUCAGCUUGCUGCUAUUCCAAGCCAUCAUGUUUGUCAGUAUUACAUUCAUCGACAGCGAGUUUCUCAAAUCAAGAGGCCACCAGAGCCGUCGAGCAGCUCGUGAGGUCUUCUUUGACCGCGUGCAUUCGUUGUAUAGCUUCAAAAUUGAAGAUGACAAAUGCGCCUUGGUCCAGUCUCUCCUGCUCAUGACAUACUGGUAUGGCUCACCCGAAGAUGACAGAGACACCUGGCAUUGGAUGGGCAUCGCGCUUGGCACAGCCCAAGUCGCCGGAUUCCACAUGGAUCCCCGGGAAUUAAGUAUAUCGCCAAAAGAGAAGCAGUUGCGCCGGCGCAUCUGGUGGUCAUGCGUAAUACGAGAUCGGCUAAUUGGCCUGGGCAUCCGUAGACCGACACGAGUGCGGGAUGAAGAAAUGACAAAUCCGCUUCUCACAUUAGACGACUUUGACUUGGAGCCAUCAUCGGCUUUAUUAGUUGGUGUAUUGGGCGAGUCAAAGUUCAACUAUGUCGACACGGAAACAAAGACGGGUGUCGCCAAGAUGUGCAUAGAGCUUAGCCGCCUAGCCAUCAUUGUUGGUCACGUUUUACAUUCGCAGUAUACCGUUGCCGGAACAGACAACAGCAGCUCAGAGUUUUUGCUUCGAGCUGUUGUUAGGCCCAAACAAUCGCCCGACCAGGCCGCCAGUCUAAUUCAAUGCGACACCGAACUCAAGAACUGGUUCGACGAGCAAGGUUUAGGCCCAAUGCGAACGGAUUCACCCGAGAAUGACUCGACAGAUAUUCUCAGACUCUACUAUUCACUGCUGCAAACCAUUUAUUUCACCACAGUGAGCGCACUGCAUAGACCACAAGCAUUCUACACUGGCUCUAGCCGGAACAACAGCAGUAGCAUGAAAGAGCACUCUCGGAAAAAGGUGCAAGAUGCGGCCAUCUCGUUGACAAAGCUGGCCUUUGACGUCCAAUCACGCAAUCUGCUACGCUAUUCUUCUACAAGCAGCAUCCCAGCGUUUCUUUCAGCGACGCUCAUCCAUCUAAUCAAUACACGGUCCAACGACGAAGAAAUACGCAACAUUAGCGUCGGCCGCUUCUACCACUGCCUCGGGGCGCUGCAGCAGCUGCAAGAUAUGUAUGCGUCCGCUGAAUAUGCCGUCAACUUUGUCAAAACUGUGCUCCGGACAGCACACCUGGACACACCACUGCUUACGGGCGGAUUUUCUCGAGAAUGGGGUGACCAGAGUCAAUGGCACGACUCAGCAACAUCGCCAGCCAACGCGGCCACAUCGUACCCAAGCCCCUCUGCAUCCGGACGUCAAACAUGGCACGGUCUAGCUACUGCAAAGCCGCACAUGGAGAGUAACCAGAGGGGACCGGGAAUGCAUACCUCGGGUGCCACCUACUCUGGCGUGGCCACACAGCCGCCGUGGCCGCCUAUGGCUACGCCUCAUUUCAGCGCUGGACCGCAGUUUGACGUGGACUUUGGAUCUCCGUACCUGGGAAUUCUCGGAGACAUGGACAUUUUGGACCCCAGUCUUGCUCUUAUGAGCUUCGACACAGACCCUAGCUUUCUCUUAACAAAAUGA